AUGAGGCACAAGGAUUAUGGGCUUUCUAAGGCUGGGAACACUAGCAUGGCCAUUCAAGUCCUUAGAUUCAUGGAAAAAGGAGGAAGGUGCAGGCCUAAUGCUGCUGCUUACAACACUAUUAUCGACGGGUUGUGCAAGGAUAAAAUGAUGGAUCAAGCUCUCUCCCUUAUACACGAGAUGAUUGAGAAAGGAAUUGCCCCGGAUGUCAUCACUUACAAUUGUUUGGUCCAGGGUCUGUGCAAUUUAAGUAAAUGGAAGGAUGCUGGAAAGCUCUUUACCGAGAUGAAGGCUUAUAAUAUUUUUCCAAGUGUCGUUACUUUUGAUAUUCUUAUUGAUGCACUAUGUAAGGAAGGACAGUUAGAAGGUGCAGAGGAGGUGCUGAAAAUCAUGAUUGGGCAAAAUGAGAAGCCUGAUAAUGCUACAUAUAACGCAUUGAUGGAUGGGUUCUGUUUACAAGGCCGAAUGGACGAAGCAAAGAGAGUUUUUGAUAAAAUGGCUGCUAACGGCCUUAGUCCUGAUGUUCAAAGCCAUAAUAUAUUGAUAAAUGGCUAUAUGAAGAAAAUGAAAGUGGAACCGGCCAUGAGUCUCUUCCAAGAGAUUCCACGGAAAGGCUUAACACCUGAUGUUGCAACUUAUAACACAGUCCUGCAGGGUUUAUUUAGUGUGCGAAGGUAUCUUACGGCAAUCGAAGUUUUCAAUGAGAUGCGAGCUGCUGGCAUAAAGCCUGAUUUUUACACUUACUGUGUGUUAUUGGACGGUUUAUGCAAGAACUCACAUGUUGAGGAAGCACUUCAAUUUUUGCACAAGAUGGAAGUUGAUGGAGUAGAUUGUCAGAUAGCAAUGUACAACAUCGUCCUUGAUGGAUUAUGCAAAUGUGGGAAGCUUGACAGUGCCCGACAUCUUUUCUAUAGUCUCUCUUCUAAAGGAUUAGACCCUGAUGUUGCAACAUAUAACACAAUGAUAAAUGGCCUCUUUUCAGAAGGUUUACUGCAGGAAGCCAAAGAUUUUAUUAAGAAAAUGGUUGCACUCCAGAUCUAAUUACAUUUAAUAUUAUUGUUCAUGGACUUCUUAAGGGUGGCAAAUUUAAUGAUGCAGUGGUAUGUUUUGAUGAAAUGGAUAGGAGAGGAUUCUCACUGCAUUUGUCUACUUUUUCAUUUUUACUAGAUUCAUACAGAGAUAGUGGAAACGAUCCCUCUCUUUUUAAGGUGAUAGAGAAGUUUGCACCAAAGAUGUGUAAUGGAAGUCUAAAUAUUGGGAAAGGGGGGUCUUAUACUUAAUUGGCUUCAUUUGGGACCUCUGGAUAUUCCGCUGCUUUUUUUGGCUCCUAGCAUUUAGUCAUCCAAAGGUACAUGAUGUAGAUUCGCAGUUGAUAUUGUUCUCAGUAUCUGUCCUUCGGGUCUCAAAAAGUUUAUCAAUAGUCCUUGGAGGAGCAAUCUUUGAGCAUAUUCUAGAGAUUUGAAGAUUAAAUACUUGCAGGGUGAUAAGCGAGAAUGUGUUAGAAGCUCUCUCUUGACUAUCAGACAAAAGAGUGUCUGCCUGCCCGUUUUCAAUGCAUUUCAUGGCACACUUCUGAGCUUCCUGCUGCCUUUCUCUAGAAUGAGGUGAUAAGCACGCUGGAAUAUUUAGAUUUCGUCAUGUGUCUGUUAGUGGAGAAGAUAGAGGUUUGUUCAUGUGUUCCGAGUGAAAGUUUGACAGCCUGAUGCCUGUUGCGUUCUGUUUACAUUUGGUAGGAAAGGGAAUGAAGAGCCUUACAUUCGGUGAGAAAUGGAAUGACUCUGUUACCUAUGGAAAAAGAAGAUGGAACCUGAUGAAUGCUAUUUCAUUACAGGGAUACAUUAAUUCCAGAAUGGGACAAACAGAAAUAUCAGAACAGGCACGUCAAAGAAUGAAAGCACAUAGGAUUAGAGCAAAGCAAAAUCUAGUUGAACACACAUGAUAUUUUUGAAACACCACUGAAUCUGUGAUGUAGUAGCUUUUUUCUUUCCCUUCUCUUUGUAAUGCUUGUACUCGUGCUAGCACUAUACAAUAGUAGUAGGUAUACUUUGAUGACAUUAAUUAUCUGUUAUCUUUCGUUA